GGGAAACAGCGGGGUUUGGUGUAGCGCGGCCGGGGAAGGUGGACGCAGGAAUAAGUGGGUUUGGUUGGGGCAUGCGGGAGCUGGGGCCGGGCACUCUCUGGAAAACCCGGGCCAUAGAGAAACGUGAGUCGGAGCUUGGGCUCGGCCAGGAUCCGGUCUUGAGGCCUAGCGGAAACCGCGGCGGGCGUCCGGGAAGCGAGCGCAGGACGCCUGGGGGCCGGUCUUCCGGUCCAUUCUGCUCCCGUCCCGCUCUGGAUGGCACUCCCCACGCUGCCCUCCUACUGGUGCAGCCGGAGGCUCCUAGAUCAGCAGGUAGCGCGACAGCGACACCGAGAGCAGGAGGCCCGGCUUCGGCAGCAGUGGGAUGAGAACAGCCGCUACUUCAGGAUUUCUGACAUCUGCAGCUCCAAACAGGCAGACUGGAGCUCCAAGACCUCCUACCAGCGGAGUAUGCACGCCUACCAGCGUGAGAAGAUGAAGGAGGAGAAGAGGAAGCAUCUGGAGGCCAGACGGGAGAGACUCCAGCAGCUUCUGCUGGAGGAACAGGACCUGAUGGCCAGAGAACUGGAGGAGCUGAGGCUGAGCAUGAACUUGCGGGAAAGAAGAAUCCGGGAACGGCAUGGGAAUCUCAAGUCGGCCCGGGAAGAGCAAAGGAAACUGAUUGCUGAACAACUUUUAUAUGAACACUGGAAAAAGAAUGACCCCAAACUUCGAGAGAUUGAAUCAGACCUUCACAAGAAGCAUGUGAUAAACUCUUGGGAAAUGCAGAAAGAAGAAAAAAAGCAGCAAGAAGCCACGGAAGAGGAAGAGAACAAACGGUAUGAAAAUGAGUAUGAAAUGGCACGAAGGGAAGCACUAGAGCGGAUAAAAGCAGAAGAGGAGAGGAGGCAAUUGGAGGAUAAACUCCAGGCCGAGGCGCUGCUCCAGCAGAUGAAGGAGUUGAAAGUAAAAGAGAUGGAGGCCACCAAACUGAAGAAGGAACAGGAGAAUCUGUUGAAGCAGCAGUGGGAGCUGGAGAAGCUGGAGGAAGAGAGGAAGCAGAUAGCAGCCUUCCAGCAGAAGGCAGAGCUGGGACGCUUUUUGAGACAUCAGUAUAAUGUACAACUCCAUAGACGUACACAGCAGAUCCAAGAGGAACUGGAGGCAGACAAUCGCAUCCUGCAGGCACUGCUCCAGAAGGAGGAGGAGAACCAGCGCGUGCACUUGGCCAGGCGAGAGCAGGCUCUGGCUGAUGUGGUGUGGAUGAAGCAGGUCAUCGAGGAGCAGCUGCAGCUGGAGAGGGAGCGGGAGGCAGAGCUGCAGAUGCUGUUUAGGGAGGAGGCCAAGGAAAUGUGGGAAAAGAGAGAGGCAGAGUGGGCCCGAGAAAGGAGUGCACGAGACAGACUGAUGAGCGAGGUCCUGAGAGGAAGACAACGACAAAUACAAGAAAAGAUUGAACAAAACCGACAAGCACAAGAGGAAUCCCUAAGACACAGGGAGCAACUUAUUCGAAACCUUGAGGAGGCAAGAGAGUCAGCUCGUCGUGAGAAGGAGGAGAGUGAAGAAAUGAAAUUGGCCAGGAAACAAGAGCUGGAAGCCCAGGUUGCAGAGCGCCGGUUGCAGGCAUGGGAAGCAGACCAACAAGAGGAGGAGGAAGAGGAGGAAGUGAGGCAGACAGAGCAGCUCACCAAUGCCCUACUGCAGCAGGAGGCAAAGAUGAUGGCCGAACGGGGCUACCAGUCCAAGCCUCAUAGACAUCCCAAAAUUGCCUGGAACUGACUUCAUUGGUACUGUAAGCACAGCGAACAAGGAUGCUGAGGCCUUUGAUAUGCAGCCACCAGACAGUUUUACAAUGUUCUGUUCUACUGUUCGGGUCACUGUAAAAUAGUUCAUCGAGCCUAUUCAGGUCUGUGAUUAAAUGGAUCAAGGGUCUGGCCGGACUUUAAGGUGCUGUGGAUGCGCAACACCCAGUAGGAGGCCCCUUCCUGCCCUUCUUUUCCAGGAAAGGGGCUUUUCUAGUCACAGGUUGACAGUGCUGCCACAAUCUUAUAAUAUAUUUAUAAAUAAUAUAAGAUUCUAAAUCAGUGCUAGGAGUACAAGUUAUGUUCCAUGACAGGAUGCAUGAUCUCCUGUUGUCUUACCCUUAACUGUGAAACUCCAGUGAAGCCUCCAGCUAGAGAUGAGAGAAGUUUUCUAAUUUUUAAAAUUGCCAUUUAAACUAUUCUGUUGAAGACAAACUUGUAGGUCUUGGUGUAAAUUUAUUUCAGGGUUUAUAAAUUUAGUGAUCUCAAAAGGAUCACAUCUUGUUUUCUGAAGAACUGUGAACCCUGAAACAGUCUGAUGUAGCCUGUGGAUACUUUCUGGAAAGGUGGUGAAAAAUGAGUCUUUCCUCCUUUAGGAAGUGUUUUUGUAGAAUUUCCCAGAGCAUUGUGUCAGGGGGAAGUCAUCCCAACAUGUAUGUUACUGAGCCUCAUAAGGAGACCUCCAAAAGUCACUCAGACGGCUGACCUUUUGGCAUGACACUUUAGACCUCGAUGUCUUAAGGUCUCAGCUACAUGCAGCCUUCUAGGAUUUAUAAGCCUUAAGGAAGAGGCACCGAACCUUAAAAAUGACAUCAGACUCAACCACAGAUCAGUCAAAAAUUUCUCUUCCAACUGUUAUUAUCAAUGUGACAGUUCUAGAUUAAUCUCUACAAAUAGCUACAAGUUCCUUGCAGCAAUAAUCAUACUUUUAUGGCUUGUAUUUUUUUUAUAUUCUUCCUCUGAGGUUUCAGUUUUCAUAAUAUUAUGUUCAAGAUUCCGUAUCUUAGUAAAUUACAGCUAAUUACUGUUCCAGGUUAUUAAAAAUGAGUUUAUUAAAAAAUCCUGAGUUUAAGGGCUGCAUUGCUUUCACUUCUGUUGUGUUGUAAAAACAAAUUGAGCUGCAAACUGUAUCCUUAAUCUGUUUUUCAUUUUCUUGUCUUGAAUUUAUUUGGAUAUGAUCCCUGAGCACCACUUUCAUUAUGCAUGCUCGUAUUUACCCUGUUUCAGAUGUUUAUUAAUUGUGAAAUAAAGUUAUGGUUUGAUGGCA